UGAUGAUGAUGAUGAUGAAGCUGUUGGUGCUAGUUUUCUGUCUGAGCUCAGCCUCAGCUGCCAAGCUGGGGGUGGUGCAGACGGAGGGGGGGCAGGUGGAGGGGAAGAGCCACAGGAUGGGGCUGUUUAGGUCCGUCGACGUCUUUAAAGGAAUCCCCUUCGCUGACGUUCCAGGAAAGUGGGAGAAACCAAAACCUCACCCUGGAUGGAGCGGCAUCCUGAAGGCCACGACAAAUCGGGAUCGCUGCCUGCAGGUGACGCUGCUGCAGACAAAAACCCAGGGCAGCGAGGACUGUCUGUACCUGAACAUCUUCGUUCCACAGGGACGGAAAUUGUCUACAAACCUACCGGUGAUGGUGUACCUGUUCGGCGGCGCCUUCCUGUUGGGGGCGUCCAACGAUGUGGCGAUCCUCGGGGACUCUCUGUACGAUGGGAAGGAGAUGGCUGAUAGGGGUGAUGUCAUCGUCGUCACGGUGAACUACAGAGUCGGUACGCUGGGUUUCCUCAGCUCCGGAGACGCCCGACUGCCAGGUAAUUACGGUCUGUGGGAUCAGCAUGCUGCCAUCUCCUGGGUCCGCAGGAACAUCGCGGCGUUCGGAGGAAACCCCGACAACGUCACCAUCUUUGGCCAAUCAGCCGGAGCCGCCAGCGCCAGCUUCCAGAUGCUGUCCCCCUACAAUAAAGGGUUAUUCCGCAGAGUGAUCACUCAGUGUGGCGUGGCCCUCAGUCCCUGGGCUCUGCAGAGGAACCCCAUGGCUCUCACCAAGAAGAUCGCUCGUAAAGUCGGCUGCCGGAGAAGCAACGAAGACGACAUGAUCACUUGUCUGAAGAUGAGCGACCCGGUUGGUCUCACCAUGGCAGGAAAAAUUGACGUGCUGCUGAUUCUGGGAAAAGGUGUGGUCAUGGAUCUCCUUGAACUUGCUCCAGUGAUUGACGGUGACUUCAUCCCUGAUGACCCCAGUCGGCUGUUUCAUAACGCUGCUGGGGUUGAUUACAUGGCCGGAAUCAACAGCAUGGACGGACACAUCUUCGCUGGAGUCGACGUUCCUUCAAUCAACCAGAGGAAGGCCAACACCACCGUAGAGGACGUGAAGGGUCUGCUGGCCGGUCUGACCAAAGAGAAGGGAAACGCUGCCAUCGACUCGGCCUACAGGGUUUACUCAUCAACUUGGGGGUCGGCGCCAGAUCCAGAGGUGGUGAAGAAGACGGUGGCCGACAUCGAGACUGAUUUCCUGUUCCUGGUUCCCACUCAGAUCGCCCUCCAGCUCCACGCCAACAACGCCAGUGGAGCCCAUACCUACUCCUACCUGUUCAACAUGAAGACUCGUAUCCCAGGAUUCCCUCGCUGGGUGGAGGCGGAGCAUGCCGAGGACCUGCAGUACGUGUUCGGUAAACCCUUCGCCACUCCACUGGUCUACUUCCCCCGACACCGCAAUUUGUCCGGGUACAUGAUCGCGUACUGGACCAACUUCGCCAGGACCGGUGAUCCCAGUAACGGUAACCAUAAGGUACCAGCUCCCUGGCCCGUCUAUACCAGAACCCACCAUCCCUACCUGACCAUCAACCACAAGAUCAGCAAGUCCUCUGUCAGCUACGACCUGAGAUCAGAGUACGUCACCUACUGGACUCAGACCUACAGCCGCCUGCCGUCAGUCAGGAGGGCGGGGGAAGAGGAGGAUGAUGGAGGGAUGAAGAGAGAAGAGACGGAGAACUGAUCUGACAGCAGAACAUCUGACUGCUGAUGGUUUUAUUAUUAGUCAUUCUUCCUCUGUGGUGACUGAAACACUGAUAAUCACAAACAACAACAAGUGAAGAUGUGAACAGAAUAAACAUGUCAGGUUUACCUGCAGCAGGUGUGUUCUGUACUCUUCUUCUACUGUUUAAUAAAUGAAACUCAAUUCUGAA